AUGAGGGCUACAAGUAGUUGCGAUAAAACCUUAAUAAUUGUAAUUAGUGUGCUUUAUUUUCAAAAAAAUCAUGCAACGCCCAUUGUUGGUGGUCGCUUGGUAACAACUGAGGGUGCUACGAAUUCCAAAUAUCCCUAUGUGGUGUCUCUACAAGAUGUUAUAGUUGCUAAGAAUGGACAAAGUGAGAGUUAUCAACAUUUUUGCGGUGGCAGCUUAAUAAGUGAACGCUAUAUACUGACGGCAGCGCAUUGUGUUUGGAAAAAAAAAUUGCAGCGCAUUGUGGCAUUCAUAGGCUAUGAAAAUAUGCAAAAUGUGGACUACUUGGAGCGCUAUGGCGUGGACAAAGCCGAGUAUAUUUACUUUCAACCCUCCAACUAUCGCAAUGAUAUUGCGCUGCUGCAUUUGAAACGUGACUACCAAAGCCAGAUAAGUCGUCACUUGCAAUUUGCUCAACUACCACCCCCAGGCAUAAGACCCCACGGCAAUGAGAGCUGCAGAAUUAUAGGCUAUGGCGCUACUAGACACGCUGGUCCCUCCCAGAAGCAGCUCUACGAGGCGGAUGUGCGCGUGAUUGGAAAUCAGCAGUGCCGCGAUAUAAUCGGACACAUCUGGGCGCCCAAGAAUGGUGAAAAUACGGUGUGCGCGCUGGGCAACAACCAGGACUCCUGUCAGGGCGAUUCAGGUGGUCCACUUAUCUGUCGCUAUGGCAGUGAGGGUCGCGAAUAUAUUUAUGGUUUAGUUUCGCACGGCUUGACAUGCGGGCUGAAGGGCAUGCCCAGCAUUUAUACAGUGACAAGAGCUUACGACGAUUGGGUGCAACUGUUUGUGCCACGUUUAACGGUAUAG